AACACUCUAGCCGAGAGAGAAAAACACAAAAAAAAAAAAAAAAAGCCUUCCUAAUAGUAUAUAAGUACCCCUCCAUUAUUUUCCUCCCACACAAAAUCCUGCUGCACAGAACUUUUAUCUCAACAGCAAUGGAACCUCACAAGCUUUUUCUCACCCUUCUCAUUCUUCAAGCUCUACUGAUCUGCCAUAUAUCAACCCUAUCUGCUGCAAACUCAAAGCUUUUCAGGGAAUACAUAGGAGCUGAGUUCAAAGAUGUGAAGUUUUCUGACGUCCCCAUUAACCCAAAUGUUGAUUUUCAUUUCAUUCUUUCCUUUGCCAUAGAUUAUGACUCCUUAAGUUCUCCAUCUCCCACCAAUGGAAAAUUCAAUGUGUUUUGGGACUCAAAUAAUCUCAGCCCCUCCCAUGUUUCUUCCAUCAAGUCUAAACAUCCAAAUGUAAAAGUGGCAUUAAGCGUAGGAGGUUAUAGUGUGGGCAGUGAAUUUGCUUAUUUCAAGCCUUCCUCAGUAAAAUCCUGGGUCUCUAAUGCCGUUGCUUCGCUCACAAGCAUCAUAAACGAGUAUGAUCUGGAUGGAAUUGAUAUUGAUUAUGAGCACUUCCAAGCUGAUCCUGAAACUUUUGCAGAGUCCAUUGGGUUGCUUAUAAAGACUCUCAAGAGGAACAAGGUAAUCUCCUUUGCUUCUAUAGCUCCAUAUGCUGAUGAUGAAGUUCAGAGACAGUACCUAGCCUUGUGGAGGAGAUAUGGGAACAUUAUUGAUUAUGUCAACUUCCAAUUUUAUGCAUAUGAUAGAGGAACCACCAUACCACAGUUUUUGAGUUACUUCAACACCCAAUCCUCUAACUACAUUGGUGGUAAGGUCUUGGUGAGCUUUCAAAGUGAUGUGAGCCGUGGGUUAACUCCGGAAGAUGGUUUCUUCACUGCCUGCAAGAUGCUUAAGAGUCAGAAAAGGCUUCAUGGUAUCUUUGUGUGGUCUGCAGAUGACUCCAAGGCAAACGGUUUCAUAUAUGAGAAGCAAUCACAAGAAAUAUUAGCAGCUAAUUAGGUUAGUCAUUUAAUAGCAUUAUAUAGAAGCAAUAAAGGUGCACUAUCCUAGCUGAUGAAAUCACUUGUCUGGAUAUAGAUUGGAUCCUAUUUCUCCAGGAAUAGAGCUUAUGUUCUUGUUUUGUUAUGGAAGACAGAAAUGAAAAGAAAUACCAAUAAAAAUUAUCAAAAAUAAAAACUCUGUUUUUAGCCCAAA